CACCCUUCCUCUACGACAGAGCGGAGCUGCCUCCACCACCGGCAUUCCCAGUAUGCACCGCGGACAGCAGCAAAAAAUAGUCCGCUAACGAGAGGCUGAGAAAGGGGAACUAGAAAGGGUAGCGCACCAGCUAAAACCACGAGUUUAACUCUAUUUAACGCCACCGCAAUUGCUAACAUGGCCGACAACGAGAAACUGGACAACCAGCGGCUGAAGAAUUUCAAGAAUAAAGGCCGUGAUUUGGAGACUAUGAGAAGACAGAGGACAGAAGUAGUUGUGGAACUCAGAAAGAACAAAAGAGAUGAACACCUUUUGAAGAGGAGAAACGUGCCCCAUGAGGACAUCUGUGAGGACUCCGAUAUCGAUGGGGAUUUCAAAUCGCAAAACACCUCUCUUGAAGCAAUAGUACAAAAUGCCACCAGUGAUAACCAGGGCGUCCAGCUGAGCGCUGUGCAGGCUGCCAGGAAGUUGUUGUCCAGUGACCGCAACCCUCCCAUAGAUGACCUGAUUAAAUCUGGUAUCCUUCCUAUACUGGUUCACUGCCUGGACAGAGAUGACAACCCGUCUCUUCAGUUUGAGGCAGCCUGGGCUCUGACCAACAUAGCAUCAGGAACCUCAGAGCAGACCCAAGCUGUGGUGCAGUCCAAUGCUGUGCCACUGUUCCUCAGGCUGCUUCACUCUCCUCACCAGAAUGUGUGUGAACAGGCUGUCUGGGCCCUGGGCAACAUCAUAGGUGAUGGACCUCAGUGCAGAGACUAUGUGAUCAGCUUGGGUGUUGUCAAGCCUCUCCUUUCCUUCAUAAGUCCCUCCAUCCCCAUCACCUUCCUCCGCAAUGUCACCUGGGUCAUGGUAAACCUAUGCCGCCACAAGGACCCUCCACCCCCAAUGGAAACGAUCCAAGAGAUUCUUCCAGCUCUGUGCGUGCUGAUCCACCACACUGAUGUCAGUAUCUUGGUAGACACUGUGUGGGCGUUGUCCUACCUGACCGAUGCUGGGAAUGAGCAGAUUCAAAUGGUCAUUGAUUCUGGCAUCGUUCCUCAUCUGGUCCCACUGCUCAGUCACCAGGAGGUCAAAGUUCAGACCGCUGCCCUUAGGGCUGUUGGGAACAUAGUGACUGGCACAGAUGAACAAACCCAGGUGGUGCUCAACUGUGAUGCCCUCAGCCACUUCCCUGCACUCCUCAGUCACCCCAAGGAGAAAAUCAACAAGGAGGCAGUGUGGUUCCUGUCCAACAUCACUGCAGGCAACCAGCAGCAGGUGCAGGCUGUCAUUGAUGCUAAGCUAGUUCCUAUGAUCAUUCAUCUGCUUGAUAAGGGAGAUUUUGGAACACAAAAAGAAGCAGCCUGGGCCAUCAGCAACCUGACAAUAAGUGGGAGGAAAGAUCAGGUGGCACACCUCAUUGAAAAGCAUGUGAUCCCUCCAUUCUGCAACCUACUGACAGUGAAGGAUGCUCAAGUUGUGCAGGUUGUUCUCGAUGGUCUCAGUAAUAUUCUCAAAAUGGCUGACGAUGAGGCCGAAACCAUUGCCAAUCUCAUUGAGGAAUGCGGAGGUUUGGAAAAAGUGGAACAACUGCAGAAUCAUGAAAAUGAAGAUAUCUACAAAUUGGCAUAUGAAAUCAUUGAUCAGUUCUUCUCAUCUGAUGAUAUUGAUGAAGACACCAGUCUGGUUCCAGAGGCCAUUCAGGGCGGAACUUACGGCUUUAACUCAGCCAACGUGCCAGCCGAGGGAUUCCAGUUCUAGACGGCAUCUUGGGUAUUCUGGAGUUUUGUUCACGAUGCAGCACUCUGUUCAACAUUUAAAAAAUUAGGAGAGAAAGAGCGAGAGAGAGCGAGAGUGUGAGAAAUUUGAUCCAUUGUGCUUGGCUCGUGGGAUCCAUGGCUGCAUCUUAUCUGAGAGAAAAAUGUGUGGAUUUCAUUUGGCAUUCCAGAGGAACCAGCCCAAAUGAAGUUUGAGAUGGCGAGUGGGUGCGAGUGAGAAUGAGUGGCUACAUGUUGCAAAAAAGCGAAACAUCUACAUCGAAUGUGUUGAGAGACAUGCCGACAUAACUUCUGUUAUUGGAGCGGUCGUCUGGAAAACUACUUCAAAUGACAACAACAAAAAACAAAACGAAAAACUCGAUGUCUGCCCAGGGAAAACCAAGGACAUCCGAAAAUAAGAAAUCAAGAGAUCUUGAAACAAAAUGCAGAAAUGAGUAACUUUAAUUAUGAACUGAGAUGAACCACGAACCAUCACAAUUCUGCGGUCCUCCGACUAGAAGAGGGCGCCAUCCUCAAUGUGCCCCUCCCCCAAUCGGCCACGCUAUCAGACACGUGUGUGAAUGGACCCAUUGUGUAUGAAUGUCUGGACUCAGUGCUGAGGAGCCAGGUUCAUCUCCUCCAACGAGAUGCCCCCCGAUGGGGCGCCAUCCUCUCUCCCUGGUGGGCGGGGCCAGAAGUCCGGCUGCGCGUGUCGCAUGUGCGAGAGAAUGGACGGAUGAGUUGUGUGCUUGGCUGCGUGCGUGACUGGGAGUAUGCGAGUCUGGCUGAGAACGCAUGCAGAGUCGGGAAAAGACACCAAUACAACAUCUGAAGAGAAACAAAAUUAAAUGCAACAAUGAGGUUAGCAAAGGUUUCAGGAAAGAAAUUCUGCCUUCGAUAGAGGCUGAUCCUCCAAUCCCUGAAAGAAUGAACUUUGGAUAUAAAAAAUUGUCAUCACAAGGAUAUUUUUCUGUUUGUUUUGAGUUAUUGUUAAGUUAGUGUUAAUUGACACUGGACAAUGCUACUGGCUCGUGUGAAGCAGCGGUGCAUUGUAUUAAGAUGCAUUUGGUGGCUCUUCAGCUUUUCUUUUUGCCUCCAGUGUGUUCCUUUUUUAUGUUCCUUUUUUAUUUCAGCUUUUAGUUUUAUUGCUUCUGUAAAGGUGAUUGAUGAUCGUAUUCUACCCCACCACCAGAACCCUAACCUGCACACCAGAUAUGGGCUUGAUGCUGUGAAAUUCUUACACCAUCACUAGAGUCAAUCAAAUGACCUGUUCCUUCUGUGAUACUUAAUUAUUUUUCCUUCGAUUAACAGCAAAAUCACUGCUUUGCAGUAUUGUUGCCAUAGCUUUGACUUAUCACCAAGGGAGAAGAGAACAGUGGCCAUUUCACAUGGGAUUGUGAAUCAUAACCUUUGCAUGUACUAAACUAUAGCACAGUUAUUUUAGGGUAUUUUAGUUUCCUUAGGCUGUGGAUACAGUGUAAUUUUCAUUUUAAGUAAAACUGUGCUUAAAUGUUACAUGUGUCCCCUUCCCUCACCCCUCACUAGUGUCCAAUCUGCUAAAUAAUCUGUAUGGUUUUGCACAUGUACUGCAGAGUCAGGCCUGAAGUCUUUCUCAACGUGUGUUGAUUGGUUUCAUAGGUUUUGACCUGCCAACAACCUCGACAAUAUGCAUCACUCAACCACAAUCUUCGUUGUCUUUCUAUAGUGAUCCAGUUACUCUUUUAAGUGAUACUUGAGAAAAUAAUGACUUUAUUUCAGGAGCAGCAGGAAUUAAUCGAUGUAUCUCAGCUAGACUGCGAAAGGAGCGUAACCUCCCAUUUCUCAAGGUCGAAGGUCGUCCCACAUGUCAGACUCCAGUUGUCCUAAGUGGGAGAAUUAAUAAACCCAUGAACAAGUUUGCUGUAUGUUGCGGAGUCCUUAGCCCCACGAUCCUCCCUCCUUAUACCAGCUUAGGUGUACAAGCUUACCCUUUUCCAUUUUUUUGUGUUAACUUCAAACACUGUAGUAAAUGAUUACACAUUGUGCUCAUAAACCUUCUGUUAAACAUAGGGGUAUUUUUUGCAGCAUUCCUUGUUAGCAAACAUGUGGUUUCAAGUCUAAAAAUAUGAAAUGGAAGAAAAAGGUAGUUGGCCCGAAAACACUUUUUUGGGGGGGGAUAGACUACAGGAUAGGUUGUCUUCAAGAAAAUAAAUAGUGAAACCCAAACGGA